AUGGAUAUAUUAGCAAGAAAUAUCUGUACGUCCAAGAUGGGUGUCUCCAUUCGUGGAAAGAACCUCAAAGACACCAUUGUCAAUGGUUGUCUAUCAGCAAUUUCUAUUGCGAAGGAGGAGGCCACCAAAUUGGGAACAGUCAUUGGUAUAGACCUUGGUACUACCUAUUCCUAUGUUGGUGUUUACAAGAAUGGACAUGUUGAAAUCAUAGCUACAAAGAAUCAGGUGGCUGUCAACCCUGAAAGGACUAUCUUUGAUGUUAAAAGACUCAUGGAAAGAAAGUUCGAUAACAAGGAAGUUCAAAAGGAUAUGAAGCUCGUUCUUUACAAAAUUGUCAACAAAGAUGGAAAGCCAUAUAACCAAGUCAAAAUUAAGGAUGGGGAGACUAAAGUCUUCAGUCCUGAGGAAAUCAGUGCUAUGAUUUUGACUAAGAUGAAGGAAACAAUAGAAGCAUUUCUUGGGAAGAAAAUUAAGGAUGCUGUGGUAACAGUUCCCACAUACCUCAACGAUGCCCAGCGGCAGGCCUUUAAGGAUGCUGGUGUAAUUGCUGGGCUAAAUGUAGAAAGAAUUAUCAAUGAACCAACAGCAGCAGCAAUUGCGUACGGUUUAUAUAAGAAAGGUGGCGAGAAGAACAUCCUUGUCUUUGACCAUAGUGGCGGAACCUUCGAUGUCAGUAUCUUGAGUAUAUAA